AUGACGGCUGCCAUCGCUGCCCUGGUGGAGUCCAGCAAGAAGCCUGAGGUGGAUGGCUACGAGUUCCAAUCCAAAGGCAUUGUCGAGAUGCUAAAGGAGUUGGAGGACAAGUUCAUCCAAGAGAAGGCAGACUUGGAGAAGGCGGAGUUCGAGAAGAAGGCUGCCUACGAGACCACCUUGGCUGGCCUCAAGAACGAGCAGGCAGCUGAGCAGAAGGACUUUGACAAGAAGAGUGCCCUCAAGAACAAGAAGCUGCAGCAGAAGGCAGAGCUUGGAACCAAUCUCGAGACCAGUCAGGCCACGAAGGCCGCAGAUGAGAAGUAUCUCCAAGACAUCACUGGAACUUGCACGCAGAAGGCCACCGACUAUGCUUCGCGACAGAAGCUCCGAUCUGAGGAGCUCGAAGCCGUGAACAAGGCUAUUGAAGUCAUUGGUGGCCAAGCCGUGGCAGGGAACGAGCAGAAACAUCUGGCAAAGAGCUUCGCGCAGAUCUCCGGCACAUCCCUGGCCGCGCUGCGAGCAAGUGACGCGCGCCGCACCCAGGCAGCGAUCAAGGAGAAGGUUGUCGCCUUCCUCCAGAGUGAGGCUAACCGCCUCGAGAGCGCGACUCUGGCGAACCUGGUGGCGCCAACAGAGGAGUCCUCAUCCUUGGGAGGCGUUGAGGACAUGGUGCAGGAGCUCAUCGCCAAGCUGGAGAAGCAGGCAGCUGAGGCCAAGACCAAGCAAGAACUCUGCGAUAGCGAGCUCAAGAAGAACGCGAACAAGCGCAAAGAGAAGGAGGCCGAUGCCGAUCAGAUUGAAGCAGACAUCGAGAAGCUGCAGGCAAACGCAAAGAAGCUGAAGGAGGAGGCCGCGGGUCUGGAGGACGAUGUUGCAGAGCUGGACAAGUCUGUCCAAGAGGCGACCGACCUCAGGGCCAAGGAGAAGGCUAAGAACAACGAGACGGUGACCGAUGCCCAGGCUGCGCAGGAGGCCGUGGCGCAGGCAACUUCGGUGCUGAAGGCCUUCUACGAGAAAGCGGGCCAGGCGACGGCCCUCGUGCAGGAAGGUACUGCGAAGGCAUCCCAGACGUCUGGCCAGCCUGAGAUCUUUGACUCGGCCUACCAGGGCAUGCAGGGCAAGAGCGGCGGUGUCCUCGACAUGCUUCAGGUUAUUGCCGCGGACUUCGCCAAGCUCGAGGCCGAGACUAGCUCUGAGGAGGAGUCCAGUCAAGGUGAGUACGACAAGUUCAUCUUCGAGUCCAAGGUGAACAAGAAGCAGAUGCAGGUCGACAUCAAGCACAAGAAGGAGUACGCAACAGAGCAACUGUCUGACUCUGAGGAGAAGACUACAGAGCUGGCUUCCGUCCAGGAGGAGCUCAAGGCCUUGCUGCAAGUCUGGGAGGCCAUGAACGAGGAGUGCAACACCAACCGCGAGGCGGCACAGCAGAAGAGGGAAGAGACCAUCGCGUCUCUGGAGGAAACCCUCAAGCUGCUGGACAACAUCAACCAGAUCAAUGGCACCAACAGUUCUGAGAGCACCAAGUGA